AUGGAGUACAUUGCACCGGGAACAUUCAUAGAUCUAGAUGAAAUCACAGCACUAUACCUCAACUACAACCAUCUGUACACGGUCUCAGCAGGAACUUUUGCCGGCCUCAAGAAGCUUAACAAGAUACAACUUGAUGACAACCGGAUUUCGAGCGUUGCUGCUGGAGCCUUUGAGGGCGCAGCGGCAGCAAGAAAAGUUUGGAUAUCUAACAACAACCUCGUCAACAUCGCAGCUGACACAUUCAGAGGACUGAGUAGCGUGAGGAACAUUUAUAUAAAUGGUAAUGCGUUAAGCUUCAUCGAACCUGGCAGUUUCCAUGGGUUGCCAAUGAUCCAGUAUAUCAAUUUGUCGAACAACGAGCGCUUGACAUCUAUCGACAAGGACGUGUUUAAUCUGACUGAACUCACAUCCACAUAUAGAGUAACCGUUCCCCUAGGAGGUUGCAAAUUAGAUUGCCAAUGUGACAUUGACUGGCUUGACGAGGCUCCAUUUACUACUUGGAAUGCCUAUUGCGCAACUCCACCGGAACUGUCCACAAUCGAACUGCCGUCUUUAAAAUGCGUGAAUCUGAUGGUUCCUAUAUAGGUUACCGUAAGAGGUGACGAAUGUAUUUUAUUAUGUGUAAAUGCACAGAACAUAAAUUUAAAAAAUUGCGGCAAGCAAUAUACAAAGUGAAGGUAUUAUAUGCAGUUGUAGAUUUAUGCUUCGGGACUUAAUUUAAAAAGGAAAA